ACUCCUCAUUUGUUUACCAACACACACAUACACUCUUCUCCUUUCUUCAUACUUUCCCCACCAGCACCACCAAAAAAUCGAUAACCAGGGAGGAUCCCCACCACCACCAUCAGGAGAGAACCUACCCAACCUUUCACCACCACCAGCAGCAGCACACUUUCUCUCCUCCACACUCCUUCUCAGGCCACUGACGGCCUCCUCCACACAAAUCACAGACAAAUAAAUUAACUAACUGCAAUGUUGUCGGGUCUGACCUCCCAGCUGGGCGGUUUGAUAACCUCCGUGAAGGCCAAGGCUGGUGAAAGCAAUACGCCGACCUCGGAGGACGGCGCCACCCCAACUGCUCCUGAUCCUGCGGCCGAACAGACUCUCAACAAAAGCAGAAGUGGGAGCACUUCAGGGGCUGAUGGUGCCACUGCCAGUGCGACGGGAGGAGGAGUGGGCGCGGGAGCGGCGGCUGGGAUAAUGAACCUCCGGUCAUCGCUGCCCUCCUGGCUUGGUGGCGGAGGAGCUAAAGACGACCCUUCCGCCGCCACACCACAACAACCAACAACGAACCAAGUAGACAAAGAUCCACAUUCCGAUGCGGGUUCCAGCGACACGGGUGGUGCGGACUCGGAAAAGGAGCGCACACUGUUGGACGAGCUAUCCUCGAACAACGCCGCCGCCGCCGCCGGAGGAGCCGCCCCUCCAACAACCGAAAGAAUAAAAAACGUGGGUUCCUUCCUCUUCUCCACGAUCAAAGGAGCAGGACAGAAAAUCAAGGACACCAAUCCGCUGGAUCGCUUUCAAAAAGAGCAAAACUUGUUCCUCUCUCAGGCGAAAAGCAGUAUGAGCGGCAGCGGAGUCGCCCCCUGGGUCGGCCACGUCAAGGAAGAAGCGCUGAAAGAGGAGGUCCUCGGCUUGAGCGGGGACCGUCGCAACUUUGUCCGCUCUCCCCCGACGGGCGUUUCCUUUGAGUGGAACUACGAGGAGAUGCUCCCCGUGGCGAAGGCCAUAUUAAAAGAGGAUCCAAAUCUGGAGAAGAUGCGCUACGAACUCGUUCCAAAAAUGGUCAGCGAGGAGAACUUCUGGAGAAACUAUUUUUACAGAGUCAUGCUCCUCAAGGGGUCGCUUGAGUCGGAGAGUCAACCAAAAAAGCAGGACAGCAUUGACACGGACGAGGAGGAGGAAGUCGUGGAUGCAGAGUUGGAAAAAGAGCUGAACGAGGAGUUGAAGGGGUUUGAGGUGGUGAAGAAGACCUCGGAAAAAGACCUCGAUUUUCUGAAAUAAUCACCGAACAAGAACGUGACCGGAACCACAAAAAAAUCAAUCAUAAAAAAUAGUAGCGAG